UAUGCUCGAGGCAACGAAUUCCCGGGCGUGAGCACUCUCUUUCCUAUCUGCGAAUACACACAGUGCAUGCGCUGAAGUUGUUACUUAGUAUUGAACGUUUUGUUGUAUUCUAUCGUCUGCUAUAGUUUUUCGAAAUUACGUACUAUUUUAUCCCUUUAUAAAAAUGUUCCGACACCUCGUGAGACCUGUUGUUCAAACGACUAGAAGAAGUUCUCAUGCUGCUCCCAAGAUUCCUCAUGAAUUGAGACCAGCACACAUGGAUGAAUUACCAGUACCAUAUGGUUGUUGGAAAGAAUCGUAUGAUAAAGCUAAUAGAAAAUACAAUCUACAAUUAGCUGCUGGUGUUGGUAUAUUUGUGGCUACUGUUGCAUUUGGUAGAGCCACUGGAAUGCUUUGGCUUAAUUACAGCACACCAACUCCAAAAGAACAGUAACUCCUACAAUUUACUAAGUACAGUAAAUAUACAUUUAAAAUGUUGUAGAAUGUAAUAAAUAUUAUAACUUGCAAG